CGCACCGCACCUGUCCCGGCGGCGGACACCGCACCGCACCUUUUCGUUUCUGUCCCGCUGGUGUCACCGCACCGCGCCUGCCCCAGCCCCGGAGAGGGGCACCUCCCCGGGGGCCCGUUGCCAUCUGCUUCCUCCUGUUUAUGCCAGCCCUGCAGAGGCAUCAGCAGCCCCUCUGAUCCUUGGUUCCAAGGGUGAGAUCCUCGGAUAGAAUGGGGCGCUUCACCGUCUGGGACUAUGUGGUCUUUGCAGCUAUGCUGCUCAUCUCAGCCAUCAUUGGCAUCUACUACGCCUUCGUGGGAGGUGGGCAGAAGACAUCGAAGGACUUCCUCAUGGCAGGCCGCAGCAUGAGUGCCCUCCCGGUUGCGCUCUCCCUCACCGCCAGCUUCAUGUCAGCCGUCACGGUGCUGGGCACCCCUGCUGAGAUCUAUCGCUAUGGUGCCAUCUUCUGCAUCUUUGCCAUCACCUACGGCCUGGUGGUGCUGUGCAGUGCUGAGAUCUUCCUGCCCGUCUUCUACAAGCUGGGCAUUACCAGCACCUAUGAGUAUUUAGAACUUCGAUUUAAUAAAUAUCUACGCCUCUGUGGAACGGUCCUUUUCAUAAUACAAACGACUUUGUACACUGGUAUUGUCAUUUAUGCUCCAGCUUUAGCACUAAAUCAAGUCACUGGCUUUGACUUGUGGGGCGCAGUGGUGGCCACUGGCGUGGUCUGCACAUUCUACUGCACACUGGGUGGUCUGAAGGCAGUGGUGUGGACAGAUGUUUUCCAGGUUGGAAUCAUGGUUGCUGGAUUUUCAUCUGUGAUUAUACGAGCUGUGGUGGUUCAGGAGGGAAUUGGACGCAUUGUAAAUGAUUCCUACCAUGGAGGAAGAUUAAACUUCUGGGAUUUUGAUCCCAAUCCUUUGCAAAGGCACACCUUCUGGACCAUUGUUAUAGGUGGGACUUUCACGUGGACUGGUAUAUAUGGGGUUAACCAGUCUCAAGUCCAAAGAUACAUCGCAUGCAAAAGCAGAUUCCACGCAAAAUUGUCCCUCUACAUCAACUUGGUGGGACUCUGGGCAAUCCUGGUCUGUGCCACACUGUGUGGACUGGCCCUCUACUCCAUCUACAAAGACUGUGACCCAUGGACGGCCAACCAGGUGUCGGCUCUUGACCAGCUAAUGCCAUAUUUAGUGCUGGAUAUCAUGCGUGAUUUCCCAGGAGUGCCGGGACUUUUUGUGGCUAGUGCCUACAGUGGGACAUUAAGUACGGUGUCCUCCAGCAUCAAUGCUCUGGCUGCUGUGACUGUUGAAGACCUCAUUAAGCCCCACUUCAAAUCUCUCUCUGAAAAGAAGCUGUCAUGGAUUUCCAUGGGGAUGAGCCUGUUUUAUGGUGGAGUCUGCAUUGCUAUGGCUGCAGUGGCAUCUCUUCUGGGAGCCUUGUUGCAGGCAGCGCUCAGCAUUUUUGGUAUGGUUGGUGGCCCCCUUUUAGGACUGUUUACCUUAGGAAUCCUCUGCUCCUUUGCCAAUGGAAUUGGGGCAUUUGUGGGUCUUGUCAGUGGCUUCAUUAUUUCACUUUGGGUUGGAAUUGGAUCUCAGAUUUAUCCUCCACUUCCAGAGAGAACCAAGCCACUCCCUCUCUCGAUUGUGGGCUGUAAUAUAUCCUCAGCAAAUUUAACAUCAACAGAAAUUCCAUUAACAACGGUUUUCAGCACACCAGGUGCAGAAAGGCCUGCCCUGGCAGAUAACUGGUAUUCCUUGUCUUAUCUCUACUUCAGCACGCUUGGGACACUUGUCACAGUAGUUGUGGGAAUAAUUAUCAGCCUCCUAACAGGAGGACUAAAGCAGAACACGGAUCGUAAAUUCCUGCUGACCAAGGAAGAUUUCCUGUCCAACUUCUCAUGGUCUGAAACUGAGCAACCAGAGAAAGUGGAAGUGUUGAACUGGAAACCAUUUACCAUGGCAGACGAAGGAACUGACAACCCUGCCUUUAGCCACAUUGAAAUGGAUGUUGCAAGUGACAAGAACAAAGUCAAUGGUCUUCACAUAUGACACGAGGCCAUGUCAGCCCAUGAGGACAGUUUUGUUCAUGUCAAGCACUGUUGAUGUUCCUGUUCUGGGUCAGUUACCAGCUCUGCUGGGGUCAUGGGCAGGCAUCUGCUGAGUUUUGUGGCACUAUUGCCUUUGCAUGACCUUGACAUUAGUCAAGAAAGGAAUCAGGUUUUUCUUGCACUUCCACACUCUCUCUGGCUCUUGGGGACAGAGCCUAAAGCAAUGUUUCUAUGUGAAAUAUUUGCCUGAUAUUUUUUGAUCCUCCUGGAAAAUAUCUGCUUUUUAUCUCAUUUCACCCUCAGAGUGAAUUUUUCAUUUGGAAAGAAUACCAUUCACCCAGGGAUGGCUGUUUUUCUGGCUUGUUUUUUUCCUUCUUCUUUUUUUUUGUAAGGCAUUGAAAGUAUGAAGAGAUUAGGGUGUAGGACCUUAUCAGAUUGUAAGAAACAGUGGUCUUUUUUGUGUAUAGAAGGUAUAUUUAGUGCUAUCUGGUUCUUCUGUAGAACUGAUUCUGAGAGCAUAUUUAUUUUGCUGGUUUUGUCGUCUAUGCUUUUUUUAACCCACUUGUUUCUUGGCUACCUGCACCUUCUCCUCUGUGCUCACUGCUCGGAGCUGCAAGAAUGACUUUGGUGGUGGUAGAGGCAAGAAUCAGUACUGUCUUUCCCUUCAUGCCCUAUCUCCCUGUUCUCCUCUGUCUUGCCCUUGCAGAUCUGGUCCUCGGGAAGGAAAUAAUCUAUUUACACUUUUUAUUCAGUGGCAUUGACCAGAACCACAGCAGCCUUCUGCUGCAUGCCCAGCUUGCUGGCCUAGGAUUGUUCUUGCACUGGGCUGGGCACAGUGCAGCAGAGAUGUUAAUAGAGAAGAUUCCCUUUUGGUUGUACUGGACAAGAGUGAAGGCUGCGUCUGCAUUUGCCACAGCAGUUCUCUCCAGAGCUAUGAGCUAAAACUUUCUUAGUCCUUUGUGUUCUUGCAGUCCUUGUUUUCACUCUGGGGAUUCAUGUUCAUGGUUGGUUCAGAUCAGGCAAGUGCAUGUGUUUUGGCUUGCUUUUGGGUACAGUGGGGAACAGACUGACCCACUGUGUUGUUUCUGUGAAUCAGACUUUUACUGUGGCUAUACAGGAGUGUUUAAAGUUCUUCUACAACAGCAAAAUUAAGUUGGAAAAUUAAAGCCAUUGCAGGAAAGCUGAGCUGUGAUGCUUGGAAGGCAGUCAUGCUUGGGAAUCAAGUGAAAAACUGACUGCAUGCCUUAAACGCUUUCUAAAAAUAAUACUGCAUUUGUGCCAAGUACUGAGCCGCUGUAACUUGGAAAAUGACACAGUGCUAGCUUAGUUACCUUGACUGGGGCCCUGUAGCAUCUAAAUCAAUUUUUUCCUGUGCCCUUGUGACAGAGGGCACUUGAUGAUCUACUGCAUAAGAUGAACUGUUAGGACCAGAAAACAAAGGUGAAAAAAUGGGCUCCAAGGAACAGACCAGAAGAAAAGGCCAGACAGACUCUCUAUGGGUGCCACCAAGGCCAUGACUCCAUUGGCUAACCCAGCGCAAAACUAUGUGGCGAUGGAGGCAGAUUUCCCCCAUGCCUCCUGAAGCAUUUUUUUGCAUUAUCCAGUGCAGAGUUUAGAGUCAGCCCCUUUUCUCACUCCUCUGCUGUAGCUCUGGUUCAGGUCAGUGCCUAAAGCCACUGUGUGGAAGGUCUGUGAUCAAGUGGGUUAGAUCCCAUGAGUUAUGUUGUGCCCCUUAAUCUGAGAUCUGAGACAAACAAUAGCAUCCUGAAUAAAGUCUUCUAGGAUUCAGGACAGUCCCAAAACAGAGAUAUUUUGGGACUAUCCAAGUUACUCUGAGACAAUUAGCCCAUUGACUGAAUCAGCUGGCUAUGCUUCUCAAGUCUCAGAAGAUAAGUGCAGCUCAUUCACGCUUGUGCCUUGUCUUCAUGACCCAGAAACAGAUACUGCAUUCUGUGCUAUGGAAUACUUCUUCAGCCUUGGAAUAUAACAAUUUAUAUUUACCUGGUACUCUCAGCCCACAGAUCUGAAAGAGGGUAAGUACCGCUAACCUCAUGCUGCUGCAAAGUGCUGGAGUGGGCUUGGUGUGCCUCUGUGUACCUGUGCUUGUGAGUAAGCUGGAACAGAGAAAAGAAGCCUGCAGCAAGCGCUUGAUCUGUGUGCCUGCCAGUAUGGCUACAGCCCUUCCAAUUCAAAUGCUGAAUUCCCACCUGAAUGUGCUUCUCCAGAGGGUGACUGGUCACUGCUGUGUGAAACAGCAUCAGCAUGUCCUUUCUGCAUCACUCUGUGCUGAAAUUACUGUGCUGUAGCUGAUGCUCCCUUAGAUCAUUUGUAACUUCUGCCUGUUUUGUUCAUGAAGACUAACCUUCCUGGCUAUCAGACUUUAAAAAUGUAGUUUUCGUCUCCAUGCUUUGAAUUCACUUAGUUGUUUAAAACGGAGGAAAUGGGUAAAUUACCAUCCUACCUCCCCUUUAUUGCUGAAGUCACUAUUUAAGCACUGAGCAGUCAUUUAACUUGAAUUUUGGUAUGAAGUGGAAAUUUGGGCCAGGUGAUAUGUCUUGGUCCACAAUCAUAACAUCAAGAUGAGUUUUCACUGGGAAGUAUAUCUUGCUGUAAGCAGUUUAGGGACAAACACCCUUACGCUUUGCAGGUGACCUAAGCAGUUACCCCAUUUCUUGCUAUCUAACCUCCCAUGACUGCUGCAGAGCUAUAAAGUGACUCUUUUGGCUUUAUUUUUUCCUAUAUUCUUCUUAAUUGGCAUCAUUAAUUAAAACAAUUAAUUAAUUGAUUUUCAAUAAUAUUUUCUCUGGGAAAAUAUACUGUCCUCUGCUAGCUGAACUCUAAGCCAGGGCCUUCCUUGUCUCUGUAAAAGCAAGAUAAUUCAUGGAGUCUCCACCAUACUCCUGCACCCUGAUCCUUCAUCUCUCCCAGCUAAAAGAUCACCUGAUAAAGAAAUGUGGGAUGCUCAAAACUGACUCAUUUCACAGGAGUGGGAGCACUCCACAGUAUCCAAAUUACAUGCAGCAUCUGGCAGGGUCACAAGACAAAACAAUUAGGAACCUGUUUAAGUAAAAACUUUAAAAAACCCCAACCAUAAAACCUCAACAGUAACAAUAUUUGACUAUGCGAAUACACAAAAGAAUCACAGAGAGAAAAUAGUGACAGAUUUUGUCUCUUUUUGGUCUGCAUUUAAAUUUUACUUCUAUCUGACUGGUCAGUUUGCUUGCUGAACAAAUAAGGUAAACUUAUGAAAGAAAGAAACUCAUGAAUGACAAGCAGUAAAUAUUUCAUAUGCAUAAUUUAUUUUU